CGAGACACUGCAACCAGAGUUCAUGUUCCAUUUUGUCAGAAUCAAUGUCUCACUGGCACUCCUGCCUUCACUUCAAUCAACAACCACUUAGGAGUUGACCUGGGUCAUUGUGACGACCUUGAAUCGCUUACAUACAUGUUGAUCUAUCUGUUAUGCAGCUCCCUUCCAUGGUUAACUAGUGACCAUGAGAAACUCUCCAGCUCUUGUAUACUUGAGCACAAGGUCAACACCACCAUUGAAGUCUUAUGCAAUGGAAUUUCUGUUGAAUUUGCAAGUGUUCUCAUCUACACACGCUCUCUUGCAUUCUCAGAAGACCCUGACUAUGGGCAUCUUCAUUCAUUGCUUUGUGGUCUUCAAGCCACCUUGGCUGCGCCAUCUACA